CCUGGAAAUCUCGAACCCGUGGGAGAAAGGUCACACCCAGACCCCUUGAGAUGGAUCGAGUGACCAGAUACCCCAUCUUCAGCAACCACCAUGCAGCACGUGUCACCAGCUUGGUGCAGGAUGAAAACUCCAGCUACACAGUCAAGCUGGUGGGCGUUGGGCCUGAGGCCCGUUGGAGCCAGGAUGAUCUGCAGACCUGGUCCACUGAGUACCAGACCCGGCCAGAGGUAAAGAGAACAAGUGUGUCCUCCACCAGACGAGUCUUUCUCAGCCAGUCGUCCCCAAGGUCACUGUACUUGGAGGAUGAGGAUGAAGAGAUGAAGGCAUACCACCUGGAUACCAGCGAUGCCCUCUGCAGCCAACCGAGGGACCUGGAGGCCGAGCGCUGGGCCGUCAUCCACAGCCAGGCAAUCAGGAAGGGUGGCACAGUAGCCACACUCCAGGAAGAGCGCAGACCCGCUGGCCAGCCUCAGCCCAUGUCCACUGAGGAGAUCUUGGUGGACACAGAGCAAAUUGAUUUCCUGGCUGCUCGACAGCAGUUUCUGAGUUUGGAGAAGGCAAACACGAACCCGGUUACUUGGAGCCCCACAGCCAAGGAGACCUUUGCGAAUAUCCCACCAGGGGUCAGCCAGGCCCCCAAGGCCUCUACCAGGCCCCACAUAGCUAAUGGCUAUGCCAUUCCUGCCAUGUCACCAGCGAAGGAGGUGACUUUAGAAAAGAAGACUGUCCAUGUAUCCCCAGCUGGGUCCAUUCGUGCAGCCAACGACCCUGGCCACUGGACCCGAGCAGAGUCCCCUGAGACCCCCAAAGAGACACCCAUCGAGAGAGAGAUCAGAUUGGCCCAGGAGCGUGAGGCAGAGCUGCGGGAGCAGAGAGGGCUUGGGCAUGCUGCCGGGCAUCAAGAGCUGGUUCAGAUUCCCAGCAGGCCACUGCUCAACAAGGUGAGCCUGACAGAGCUGCCAGCACGCAGAGACAGAGGACGCCCAUCACUCUACGUGCAAAGGGACAUGGUGCAGGAGACACAGAGAGAAGAAGACCAUCGCCGGGAGGGUCUGCAGGUAGGUAGGGCGUCCACCCCCGACUGGACCUCCCAGGAUCCUCAGCCUAGACUCCAGAGAAGCCUGAGCUCCGACUACAUCCUCAGCCCAGAUGCCCGAGCCUCAGACCCGGCUCCAGAGGCAAGAAAGGUCAACCGGAUCCCACCAGAUGCAUACCAGCCGUAUCUGGGGCCAGGGACCCCUAAAUUGGAAUUCUCGGCCUUUGGAGUAUACAGCAAGCCAAAUGGUGUCUUCACAGAGGACACCAAAGCCCUGGCGUUCCAGAAGGCUGGGGGAUCUCCAAGGCAUGUCUCAGAAUACUCUGUAAGUUCUCCGAGCUCAAAACAAGCGCACUUGAAGUCCCAUGAGAAGUCCCAGCAUGCCAGUGUGGGUAUUGUGCAAUUAGAGAAUUUCCACCUGCGUCCACUGCGAUUCAGCGUCCCAGAUGUCCCCCAGCAGGCUGAGACCUCCCAUACCUGGGGUUGGGAGGUGCCUGGGGGCCCAGUGUUGAAGCUACAAAAAUCACCAUCUUCUGACCUGCUGGAAAGGGAGGUGGAGAGCGUCCUGCAGAGGGAGAGAGAGGUGGCCGAAGAGCGGAGGAAUGCCUUCUUUCCAGAGGUGUUCUCCCCAGUGCUGGAUCAGGAUGAGCAAGACUCCCGGAGUUCCUCCCAGGCAUCUGGCAUCACUGGCAGCUAUUCGGUGUCGGAAUCACCAUUAUUCACCCCCAUCCAGUUGCAUUCGAGCCUGGUGUGGAAGGUGCAGGCCCCUAAGGACGGUGCUUCCAGACAGAAAACAAAAAAGGAGAUGCGGUAUGCCGGUAUCAACCCCUCAGACCGUGUCAACUCAGAGGUCCUUGGAGCCACUCGGGUAACAAGACACAAGAAUGUCUUGGCAGAGCGCUGGGAAGCAGGCAUCUAUGCCAGUGAGGAUGAAGACUGAGACUACAAAUGAGAACAUCCAUUCCCCUCUGUCCAACCCGAGCCCAUGGAAGCUGCCAGACCUGCCCAAGCCUCUGCAGCCAGUGCCAGGCAAGUCCCUAUCUAAGCGAACAGUUGGAGAGCCUCGCUUCACACUUGGCCCAGGCUGACAUUUGUAGCCUGGAAAUUGGUUCUGUUUUCCUGGGGUGGGAAGUAUUUCCUGCUUAGGGGUGAUUCUCAGCUAGGGCUAAAAUGAUAAUUCUGCCAGGACUCUGUAUACCUAAGACUUUGCCAGAUGCUCUGGGGUUCAAGGAGGGAACCAGACUGCCCACCACAGAAUGUAAUGUCCUGGGAGCCUUGGGUCCAGGGCUGCCCCUUACAGCCCUCAGCCCCAGUGCAAGGUGUGCCAAUGGGUGCAGAGCCCAGAUCUAUCACCCAACAGAAAGAGGGCUCGAUUUAGGGACCUGCCACUCCAGUCUUGCCAUCCCCAGACUUGUCCAUGUUGCUAUGAAAUAAACUUGUUAUGAGCUGCC